AUGCCCUCAAAAGACUACGUUUACAAGACCUCUGGGUCUCUGGAGAUUGCAGCCACCGUGUACUACCGCCAGGACGAACCCCGAUCUUCCAAGAAACCAAUUGCUAUCGGAUUCCAUGCCGGUGGCUUCACCAUCGGCUCGAGAUUCCUCUUCAACUCGAAUGAGAUAGAUGCGUUACUCGAUUUUGGGUUUGUAGUCAUCUCGGCAGAUCACCGCUUAUGUCCUCACGUAUCAUUGUAUGACGGACCGAUCGAAGAUGCGAAGGAUGCCUUCAACUGGGCAAGGACGACACUACCAGAUCUGAUUAAAAAGGAUGUCAACAUUGAUAUUGAUGGUGAUCGAAUUGUCGCAUUCGGCCAGUCUUCAGGUGGCACAUUAGCUCUUCAUCUGGGAAGCCUUCCAAAUCCACCACGCGCAAUUGCCGCUUUCUACGCCGCCGCAUACUUUUCCGACGAGAUCUGGACGCAGCCGACUCCCGGUGCAGACAUGAUGCCUCCAAUCGAUAAAGCAUUUGCAGAAAGCGUGUACGACGAGGCACCUGCCUCGAUGACAAUUGUGGCCCCUCAGCAAUUCAUCGCCCCAGGUACUAUGCCGAUGCCAAAUCUCUCGGUACCCAGAGAUGCCUGGAUGGCACUGGCGUUCAAGGAAGGACAGCAUCUGUCUCGUUGUGUUAAGGACGGAGACUUUGGUCGUGUCGAUCCAGCUACAUACUUCUCGCCCAAAUUUCCGCCGACGGUGUUCUUGACCGGAACUGAUGACACGUUCAUCAAUCCCAAGUUCUCGAAGCAGGCACAUGCGCAGUUGUCGGGUUUGAAGGUAGAGACGAAGUUGGUUUUAGCCGAGGCAGGCCAGCAUGGAUACAAUUUCGGGAUGGAAAAGGAUGAUGUGCGAUUCCAGGAAACUGUUCUUCCUGGAUAUGAGUUCUUGGCAGAUCAUGUAUAG